AUGGAACGAAAAGGAUACAAAGGUGGAGGAAAGAAAGAGGAUAAUUUUUCUGAUAAGAAUAAGGAAAUUAAUAAAGACGAACUCAUAUUGGAUGAUCUUUUCACCCAAAGAAUAACAAAUGACAGUAACCUAUUGGACGAGGCAGACGAUUCCUCAUCAUAUGUGGGUAAAGAGGAUGAUGUAAAUAUACGCAAAAGGCAAAUCAGAAUAAAAGUUAAAAAAGCAAACAGUACUAUUAAUUAUAUGGAAGUUAGAUUCUAUAUAUUUCUGGUUCUUUUAAUUUGUUUCUACGCCCUUUUAGUGAACAUUAUGCGGAAGGGAUUGGGACUUGUUUCCGUAGCACACCGGUUCAUGCGCUCACAAGACGGAAGUAUAUCCAUGUAG